AAUGAUUUCAUCAAGAAACCGGAAGUAAAGAUAUAUUAGUAAACAACUGGAAAUAAUUGUUUGGAAUGAUAUAAUUCUGGGUUGGGGUUUUAAAAGAAUACCUAGCCUAAAAACAUUAAAUGGGUUUCCAUGAACUAUGCAAUUACGAUUUAAAACCUGUUAAUCUAAAGAUUAAUAUUAAACUGAAGGUAAGUAAAUUGUAAAAUAACAAGCUUGUCAAUAAUAAAAUUAAUUCAGUAAAGUAAAACAGUAAAAGUUUUAAAACUUUAAUUAAUUUUAAAUAUUGUCUGAUUCAACCAUAAAAUUAAAAUAUAUAUGACAUACUUCAUAUAUGAUAGGGCUAGCUAUACUAUAAGUAUAUGGGUACAAAGUGGCUAUUCGGGCCUGGAAAAGAUUGAGAUUGAUAUGUAAACUGUUAGUUGUUGGGUUUGUAACUUACUAAGUACUAAGUGGCAAAAUUUGGUAUCAAAUGAAAGAUGAUUGAUUAUUAAUGGACUAUAUGUUUGUAAACUUACUUCUUCAGUUAAACUAAAGUCUAAAGGCCUGUGCAGAGAAUUGGUACCAUGAUGUCAUUUGUGUGUUUAUUUAAGUUUCCGUGUAUUAUUCCCUCCCCUUUGACUUCGUUUAUUUUACUUAUUUACCUAAUAACUAGUACCUAGCCCUAUAAACUAUAAUCAAAUAAGUAAUAUAUAGGACAUAAAUUCUUAGGGCCUAAAUUAAUAUUAAAAUUUUCAAAAGAAAGCUGUUGGAUGAAGAUUUAAAUAGUAUUUUUAAACAAAACAUGUCCACAAUAUCGUACAAUUUUGCGAACCACUGUUAAUAUCUUUUUUUCAAAAACAAAGCCAUAAAACAAAGCCAUUUUUAGUAAACUAUUCUUUUUAUAUAAUUACGAAAAAAUUUAAAUAAAAUAAAAUUCAUUAUACUUUUGGAAAUAAAUGUUGGGACCAAAAUUCUCUUGUCAAUAGUCAGGAUGUGAUUUUGUUAAGUAGAUUUAACUAUUACAUUAAAUUAUUAAAGUAACUUUGUUGCUAGUAACAUGGAGUAGCUGAAAUUUAUUUCUAAUAAAUUUACAGCUCAACCCACAAAGGUCCGAAGGUAUCUAUUAAAUUUUUCUUCAUGAAUUCCAUCAAUGUGAUGCCUCUGUCAUUCAAAAUUGUUAUACAAAUGUGCAAUGGCUUUCAACAGAAGUAAACCAUCGAUUUCUUUUGAUAUAUUUUAACAUCUUUUUCAGUUUAAUUCUUAAAUAUUGCUGUAAUAAAGUAAUUUUUAUGGCUAUUAUAGCUUGAGCUAUAUGUAAAUUUGAUAGAGGACCUCAAACACAAUUUUUAUGGCUAUGAUAGCUUGAGCUAUAUCUAAAUUUGAUAGAGGCAGAGGACCUAAUUUUCACAAAUGUUUAAUUAAGCUCUACAAAAUUUUAUGUUUAUUUUCCAAUUAAUUAUUAAUGGAAAAAAACAAAAAAAUUCAAUAAAAUUCAAAGAAACUGCAAUAUUUACAAUCAAUUAAGGGUUGUUGGGAAAGAUAAAUUGAAAUUUAGAGUUUGCAGAGUUCACUUGCCAUUAAAACAAAGUCUGAUGCAUUACCUGAAUCUUCUUACUCUUUGAAUUCUGCAAGAAUAUGACUUAAUUGUGCUCUUUGCACUACAUUUAAAGUUUUUGCUUCUUAUCAUUAAUAUUUGAUAGUUGUAGGAACGUCAAAAUUAAAAAAUGCCAGCCCCCUUACUGAAAAAGAAGGAGUUGUAUCUGGGGGAAUCCCUUGGAGAUUUGCAAAAAAUAAGUGAAAUCAAACCAAUUGACAGCCCCGUAAGCAUGUAAGUUUUAUUAUUUUAAUGUAUUUACAAUUUGACUUGUAAAAGAAAUUAAUGGGUUAUUUAUAUUCGGAAACAAUUGUAACACUAUUGAUUGAAAUUAAUGUGUUACGACAGGGGUGGGCAAUUUUUUUGCAUGGAGGGCAGCAUGGAAGUUUUUUUUUAAUGUGCAGCAUGAUAAAAUUGUAUAUAAGUCCUAUAGGUCAUUAAGAUGGGCUUCCAAAAUUACGCAGAGUUCAUUUCUCAAAUAAGCAGUAGAGUAACUUUUAAAUUUCCUAUGAUUAUUAAUUUUCAAAGGUUUUAACAAAUAUUUAUUCAAAAUUUGUACAUUUUAUGAAAAAAAAGUUCUCUGAAGGUCUUUUGGGCCACAUUAAACAUUUCACUGGCCCUAUGUAGCCAAUGGGCAGCAGGUUGCCCAUUCCUAUGUUUUGGCCUGUUUCAAUUUUCUCUCUUUUGAUGAUUUUAUUUUACUAUAUGAAACUGCUGCAUAGCUCGGGGGUUUUAUUACCUAUAUUCAUGCAACCACCACCAGAUCAUACAAAUCAGGAUUUUCUAACCCAGAGGGUGGGGAGUAGAUAAUCAGUGCAAUUGAAACUUAGUUCAAAGUAGUUUUGACUCAUCAUGACUUAGUUCUAGGGGCUGCAAGUAUCUUUUUUUUUUAAUUAAUUGGGGAUUAGAACUACUGAUUUUGUUUUAAAAAAACAUCUAAUCAUUAAAUAUGAGUUUUUUUGUUCUUUUUAUAUUUAUAAGAUUAAAUAUUGCUAAGUCUAAACCAUUUCAAUGAAAAGUUAGUUACAAUGAUAUUUUGUUGACUUGGAUCAUAUUUUACAGCAUUGUACGAUCUUCAAAUAAAGUUUUUCAAGAUGCUGAGACUUUUGACUCACAAGGAGAUGAAGAGAAAGCGUUUGUUCUUUAUCUCAAGUAUUUUAAUAUAAUCAAACAGAUAAAGACUAAAGCUGAAUACAAGAAACAAAAGGUGAGCUCAUCCAUACUUUAAUUUGGAAUUUAAUAUCUCAGGAAAAAAUUAAUUGCCAUGUUUUUAAAACUUUGUUUAUACCUUGCCAUCCUGAAGUUGGUGAUGGGACUCUGAGCCUGUUUAUAACAUAAAUGACUGUGCUGAAUAGGACCAUCAAAAAGGUUAAAACACUUGACCAGGCAACCAUCGACCCAAAGAGCCAGGUAGCAGAUGCAGCAGAAAAGUUUUUUAUGAAAUAUAGGGAUUGAUAGGAGUGCUGUGAAAAGUUGUUUAAAAAAAUAUAUUCUGUGUUUAAUGCUACCAUUUGUAAGUUUUACUCAUUUCAAGUGGUGUAAUAAUUAAUAUAAAUUGUAUUAUUAAAACAUUAAAAUUAAUUAUUUUUUUUUUUGAGGAUUCAUUUUGAUUAUAUAGCCUGUACUAUGAUAUGAACACAAGACUAACACAUGCUAAUAUUAUUGUUCGUCUGUCAAAAUCGACUAGGACCAUCGAGUCAUCCGGUUGGGGGGAGGGUGGGUUACGGUGAGCUCGUAGGUGGCUUGCAAGACCGAUCCGUGCUUGGAAUAAUCUCUGGCAACGCGGUCAUGGGAUAGUUGCUGCAGAAGGUGAUCUAAUGUUGCUCUUUCGAGCAAGCCUGUGUGUUUCAGCUGUGGUUAUCCUACUGGCUUCAUGAGAUUUAGCCUCCUUCUUGACAGCUGCUCUCCAACUGGCUCUGUCCUGGGCUGUCUGCACCCAUUUAGUAGGGUUGAUGCUGAAGGCCUUUAGUACCGCUUUCAUUGAGUCUUUGUAACGCUUUUUUUUACCUCCUUGCCUAUCGUGAGUUCUCUGAAGAAUAUCUGCUUUGGUAGCCAGUGAUGAAGAUACUGGGUAGGUUCGCUCUAGCGAAGACCUCUGUUUCAGAAACUUUGUCUUGCCACCUGAUGCCGAGGAGUUUCCUGAGGCAAGUUGUGUGAAAAUGGUUCAGUUUCUUGGCUUGUCCACGUAGACUGUCAACGUUUCACAUCCGUCGGGAGGACUGCUGCGCUAUAGACCUUGAUCUUCGUUACUCGUCUGAUACCUCUCCUGUCCCAAACUGUGCUGCGUAGCCUGCCAAAUAUGGCACCAGCUUUUGCGAGUCUGGCAUUCAUUUCAUCAUCCAUGAUGAUCUGGAGAGGGUGCUGAAGUAGAUUUUUCCACCGUGUUGAGAUGCUAUCCGCUGAUGAUGAUGUUGGGUUCAACGUAGGGCUUAAUGGGAGCUGGCUGAUACAUAAACCCAGUCUUCUUUGUGUUGAUUGUGAGGCCAAAGUUAUUGCAGUCCUUAGAGAAGAUAUCAACGCUGUGUUACAUGAUGGCUUCUGAGGCAGCGUUGAGGGCACAAUAGUCCACAAACAGAAGCUCAUUGAUGGUGUUUUGUUUGACCUUGGUUUUAGCUUGAAGCCUCCUAAGGUUGAAGUCUGAUCCAUCAGUGCGAAACCGGAUUGGCAAGCCCGUGGUGGAGUCCUUGAACACAUCAGACAGCAUUGCAGAAUACAUAAUACUGAAGAGUGUGGGAACCAUGACACAGCCCUGCUUCACACCAUUUGUGAUGGGGAAUGCUUGAGAUGACUGACCGUUGUCCUGCUCUCAGGUCAACAUGCAUCCCUCACCUGGUUUAGCCGGCUAGUGGAAAUUGUUGCAUGCUAACAGCUGCUGGGAUGCACAGGUUACAUUUGAGUGACAGAAGAGGACCAAGGCGGAUGAACUGCUCCAAGGAGCACAAUGUUUUCCCCCAUCAGGGGUACUACCUCUUCCUGUACACACCCUUAUAAAAAGGAAAAAUACGUAACUGAAUUUAAAUUCCGGCCAGAGUCUUUAGUAUAUUUUCCACUUAAAUGGAUGCAACAUCAUUCGUCAGCUGCAUGAUGGCAACACAUGCUAAUAAGACGCACAGCACUAAAGGGCACAAAAAUCAAAAGUGAAAAAUUAUUAAAACUUAAAAUCACUCAGAAUCAUGCCAUCGAUGGAAAACUCUAGGCACACAUGAUUUAAUUGCUGUUUUAAAAUAAUAUUAAGAGAGGUAUGUCAGAACAGGCUGGGAUGUAGUAGGAUGCAUCCAUCGUGAGCCCGGCAUGUGGCAAUUAGUCACAACCGUAAGGAAUGGUUAAUUUCAAAUGUUUGCUUAUUUUAUUAAAAAAAUUAAUACAAAUUAUUUUUUGUUUAAUCAGGUCCUAAAAUUGCUCAGGCUGUUAGCCUUGGGUGGAUACUGGUUGACUGCUCCAUUGCUGAACUGCAUGACAUUUAAUAUAAAGUCCUAAUUUCCAAAAAUAUAAAAUUAUUGAGCAAAAUUUGGACUUCUUCAAAAUUUCUUUUAAUCAAUAUAUUUUACAACGUUAAUUUUAAUAAGAACAAUUUUACAUUACUUUAGAAAGUUAAUUUAAUUAAACUGAUUUAAGCAAAACUAUUAUGCUACAGGAAUAUUUUGACAAGCUCUUGAGCAUGAAGAACCAAAUAAAGGCAAUUGAAAGAGCGGAAAAGCUUUCUGAAAGUCUGAAGGAAAGGUAACUAGUUCUGUAAAUUGUUCUGCAUAUACAAUAAUAUAACCAUCAUAGGUUGACACUGAUAUAUUCCAUCUCUUCUUGAAGCAUUCCACUAGGAACAGAGGUCAUUUAAAAUCAACUUCUUUGUGGUUUUCUAACAGCUUACCCACAUCCCUUCAUCUUCUAUAUUUUGCUAUACAGCUUCUCAUAAUGUUCUCUUUUUACACUAGGAUUUCCUAAAGAUACGUCUUCCAGUAAUAUAAAAAAAAUAAUUGGAAAUUGUGUUAUUUGUUACUUUUAUAUCCUCUCUAUAUUUGUUUAAAUUUCUGAUGUUAUUCCAUGGAUAGAAUAUUUUAAACGUGCAGUAAAAAUUGAUGUGGAUAAAAUGUUCAAGCCUAAAAAUGUAAGUCUUUAAAUAAAAACGUCAUCAUUUAUGUCAAACAUGUAUUUUUUAAAUCUUUAUUAUAACAUUUCAGAUAUGAUUUGAAAAAAGCUGAAGCAUUGGCUAAAAAAUUGUCUCUUCGUGAAGUUAAAGAAGAUGCUGCAAGUAGCAUAACAAAAGAGAAUGAUGAGAAGGAAAAUGUGUUACCUAAGGAAGCGGAGAUUGCAACAGGUAUGAUUUUAGAAAAUAUUGAUCAUGUAAACAGACAUGUUUACUCUUACGAUUUUGGCGUACAACAUACGAUAUUGAGAUGUCUUUUACGAUGGUAAGCCAAGAUCCAUCAGAACUACAAUUUUAAGAGACCUGGUUGAAAAUAUGUACAUUCCGUAGUUUUUGCCGAUUAAAAAAAAUAUAAUUAAUUAAAAAGUAUGUCUUCGGGUAUUAGUUUUAAUUUGCAUUCUACAUCCAGCAGUGAAUGGUAUGAGAAAUACAAUUGAUUGUGGACCAUCUAUAAUUAUAUAUAUUAUAUUAUGUUUGUCCUGAGAGGGGAAUGAGUGGUGUUGAUUUAGGAGAUUUUGUGUUAAGAGGUGGGGGUCUAAAUAUGUAAUUAUCUAAAUUUAACACCGCCAAAUUUCAUAUGAUAGUGUUUGGGGGAGGGGGGUGUUUUGUCAGAAGUACGUAAGUUAUUAAUAAAUUGGACAAUAUUAAUCCUGAAAAUUUAAGUCCAAAAAUGGCAUAUUUAGUUUUAGGGCAAAGUUUUGUAGUAAUUUUUGCCAUAUAUUUUCACAAAUGAACUCGCUAGAUACACUCAAGUACUCAGUAGUAGAGGUGUUACAUUAAUAUUUAGUCCACUGACUUUAACGUGCUUGUGAUGUGUGAUGUAUAUUUUGUUGGACUACGCCUGUGGUUCUAAAAUUUUCUUUCCCGGUGGCUAUGCCAAUUUAUGUGUUCAACAGGCUAGGAAGUCGCAGCAACACAUAUAGAAAAAUGUCCACCCCUGGGGCGGACCUUUAAAGGGAAUAUUUUUAGCACCCCUUGUCUUUGUUAAGUUAAUGGAAAUUCACUAUUAAGUAAUUCCUAAAGAUGAUUUUUGGCACCUGUUGCUCCUAGUCCCAUUCUCAUGACCAUGCCCGUGCUGUAUGACAUAAUUUUGUGACAAUUAUUUCUUACAGCUGAACAGUGGCUGAUGAGUGCAGAAACGGAGAAAACUAGAGAUACAUUCGCAACUAUUUCACGCAGCAAUAUUAGAUUUCAACAUAUUUUAUAGGAUCCGAAGGGGCCUUUGAAAUCUAUUUUAGAUCACGCUAAACAGCUGUACGAUUUUUGAUACCCCCUUUUCCUUUCACCCAUUUACAACUUGUGAUAGUUAUCAGACUGUAAUAUGUUAACGGGAAAUGGGCAUAAUGGAUAUUGAUUCUUAUUUAUUUAUUUUUUAAAAUAUAUGUUCCUCAAAAUUAAAUUUUAAGUUUCUCGGUAGGUUUUUUUAAAAUGACGCCCUAAUUUGUUAAUUAAUUCUUAUCUUAAAAAUUUUUAUUUUACGCUGAUCAAAUUUCCAGUUUGAACCCCGUUAAAUUUCAACUGUCAUCAGUAACUUUAUUUUUACCAGUGACAGACUGUGAUAAUGUGAUCUGCACGUUCACCUAAUUAUUAAUUAAUAUCUAUAGCAGAUAUACGUCCGCAAAACAAACUGACCAAUCAGUCCACUUUUAGAAGUUAAUUUUUUUUAAGUCAGCUUAACUCGAUUCCACUAGACACGCAAUACGAGUCGUUAUUAUAUACAUUAUAUAUACGGUAUGUUCGUUUAUUUACUAUAAAGAUACUGUGUUGUACCAUUUUGAGACGAUAUUUUACGAUUUUUGGAGUUCGAGGGUAAGAAGGUCUGUGUGAAGUAUUUAAUCAUUUUAAUCUUAAGUAAAAAUUAUUCUUAUUUUAUACCUUGCUUAAAGAAAUUAUUAUUCCCUCUCCUUUUAGAAGCAGAACCUGUCAACAAAUCUGGAUCAAUCAAAUGCAUCAACUUAUGUGGGCUGCUUCGAGACACUGUUACAAAAGUCGUGCUCAUGGAUGUAAGGCCUGCUGAGGACUUUAACAAAUCGCACAUUUCUUUUACAGAUUGUAUCAGUGUUCCUCACGACAUUCUGGUGCCGGGGUAAAUUUUAAAAUAUUGUAUUAAUUCUGUAUCUUAGAUUGUUUUACAUUGUACAUGUUUCUCGUAAAUGGAUAUUUUUUUUAAUUUCUUGUCCAAAUUGUGCAUUUUUUAAUUAUUUAAAAAAAUAAUUAUUUAUAAAGAUGUUAAGAUAUCAAAUAAGUUGUGUUUUGUGUUUAAAUUUUGUCAGUUCUACUGUCAAUCACAUUCAAUCUAAACUACCGAGAGAAUCCCUCUCAAUGUGGCAGCAAAGAGUCCAUGUGGAUUAUAUUGUCCUCUUGGAUUGGAAGUCAACCAAUGAAACGGCAACCAUUGGAACUCCAUUAAGAACACUCAAAGAUGCGCUCUUCAAGGUGAAAAUGGUCUUGAACAAUGGCUUUAUACUUUUCUGGUAUUGUACAAAUGCUUUGAAUAUAUUCAUAUUAAUUGGGAAUCGCUGACUUUGUUGGAUGUUACCAAUUCAUCAUAGAUCAUAAUUUCUGACAAAACCUCACCAAUUUCAUUACAAACAAUAAUUCUCUAGGUGUGUAUGUAUGGCUGUAAAGCUGUGUUAAAUAGACCCCCCACAAUAAAAUUCACCAAAGUUAACACUAAUUGAGCUACUUUAGCAGCUGUGAAGUUAACGCAUUGCCCCCGCUGGGUUUUUUCUAGUCAAUAAACAAUAGUCAUUGUCUUGUAAGAUUAUAAAAGGAAAUUUCUUUGAACUUGAUAUUUUCAUUAGUAAAAAAAAUGUCUGGUGUCUAAUAUUUGAAUUGUCUUAGAACUGUAACUGUUCUGCCUUUGUUUCAGUUUGAUACCAGCACUAUAAUUAAAUCUGAGCCCCUGAUACUAGAGGGUGGCUAUGAUCAAUGGUUAUUAUUUUAUCCAACUAUGACCACAAAUGCUCAUGUCAUACGACCAAGUGACUAUAACAGAGAACAGCCACCUUCACCCACAAUGACAUGUAAGUGAAUCCUAAUGGGAAGAAAAUGUGUUUUUAUAGCAAUAGACUACAUUGUAAAUUAGAAAAAGAAAUCAAAGUUUGCUCAAAAAUUUUAAUUUAAAGACCUCAACCAAUCAUGUGCUGGAGACAUUUCUUAAAUGUAGAUGAUUUUACCAAACAAACAAAAAAGGUCUUCAAACACGUUAAUUUUUAGUUCAGUAACCGACACAAAGAAAUUGUUGGUUCAUUUGGAGCACACCACUGACCUCAACUUGGGAAAUAAUGUUUCAGCUUUUUAAAAUGAUGUGUUUACUUAUCUUGGCAUACCAUUAAGUAUCACUGUUACAUAUUAUUUUUUUUACUUUUUGAAGUGGAUUUUGACUAUCCAGAAGUGAGUGAUAAUUUACCACAGAAUGUCACGCCUCCAUCAUCUGAUGGUGCACAAAUUAACCAAAUACCCCCUGCCUCUGACAACAGUGGCGCUGCAACAGCUGCCGUGCCAACAGUUGUGCCCCUGCCGAGAGUUGACCGCAGUUUAAAACCAUCGAUAUCGGGAGAAAACUGGUCCUCAACAGUUGAUCCCAUGUCAAAUAAAGAGGCCAACGUGUACAGUGUGUCCAGUGCUAAUAGUGUUGGUCAUACACAUCAAAAUAAAUCAUCUUACACGAUUGCUGGGGGAAUCUCUGCCCCUGGUAACAUGUCAAAUGACAGUUCAAUUCAAAGUGGUCAAUCAGGUAACAAAGAUUUGCCAGGGAAUGCAAUAGAAAAAAUUAAUGAAGAAAAUCAAGAUGUAGAGGUUCCACCGAUAAAGCUUCAUCAGCAGCAAUUAGAAGAUGUUGAGAGGAGACUGAAAGAUCUGGAGAAGAUGAAAAAGAAAGAGGAAAAAGAUGUGGCUGAUCUGAUGAGGAUGAAGAGAAAAUUAAAGGAGGAUAUCGAUAGAGAGAAGCAGGCACAAGAAGAGCAGAAGAUGUUAUUAGAACUUGAACAAGAGAAAAAGUAAGUGCUGAUGUGUAACACUUCUUAUAACUCAAGGGUUUUUAAACUGGGGUGUGAGAGGCAGUGCCAGGGUUGCAGGAACACCCAAAACUGGUUGAGGCAAUAACACACAAAAAGUAAAAUUUAAAAAAAUUGGAAAAUGUGAACAAUAAAAACAUUCUAAAAUAAGAGCUGCUAUUUUCCAUUAGGUAAAAUGUUAUGUAUAGGUGACACAUCUGUUAAAUAAGGUUAUGUACAGUUGCCACAUCCGCUAAACCAUUUUAUGUAUAUGAGCCACAUCUGUUAAACAAGGUUAUGUAUAUGUGCUACAUCGGUUAAGGUUAUGUAUAUCUGCCACAUCUGUUAAAGAAGGUUACAUUUGUUGCCACAUCUGUUAAACAUGGUUAUGUAUAUGUGCCACAUCUGUAAGGUUAAAAUAGGGAAAUGCUUGGCAACACCUGUAGGAUAACAUGGGGGAAAUGCUAGAAAAGAGAGUCAACAAAAAUAUUGGAUUAAAGCCUUCUUCAGUGAACAAAAAAGAAAAUCUUAAUUCAUUGUAUCUUCCACUUUUACAAUAUGCAUAUUUUUGGCACAUUUUCACCACAUGAUACCAACCAAUUUCAUCCUUCCCCACACCUCCCUAGUUAUGUCCAAUCAAUGUGUACUUUCAAUUUUACACAGCUAAAUCUCAUUUUAUGUUUACUUGACUUUCCUUUUUUGUUCCCUGAUUAGGGCAUUUAGUCUGAACCUUUUUUUUUUUUGUUGUGUCACUUAUCAAGCUUUUGCAUAGAUUGUACUUUUAUUUACCUAGUGCUAUAACACACUGACUUCCAGUCAUUGUUUCAUUGUUUUAGUACAUUAAUUUGUGUAUAUAAUUUCCAAUUCUUAAACUAAAAUUUGUGUUGCUUUCCUUAAAAAUGAUCAAUUGAAUUUGGAUCAAGAAAUGAUCCUGAUCUUUUAAACUGAGAUAUAAACGAAUGAGUAUUUUCUGCAGGAGUUAUGCUUUGCAGCAGGCUAAAGUGGAAGAGGAAAAGAAACACAGAAUGCAAAAAGUGGAAAUGAUGAGACAAGAAAGGAAGAGGGAAUCAAAUAUUAAUAUUGUGACCCAAGUAAGUGGCAUUUAAAUCAAUUUUUUUUAUAUAAAAAAUAAUCUUUUUAUUUCACCUUUCAAGAUGUGAAUUAUUCCCUCUUGUCAAUUUAAAAUAAAAUUCUGAAAAUAAGGGGCAUGUAAUUCUAAAGUUUAAGACAAAGUAUUCUCAAAAGAGAGGAGGAAGAUGAUUAUCAUUAGAAAGUCUAGCUGGGCGCUGAGUACUUAAGCUUUAUCUUUAUUUAUAAUGAGAUAAUGUUUCAGUUCUUGCCCAGUACAUUGAUUGUUUCAGUUCUUGCCAAGUACAUUGAAUGUUUCAGUUCUUGCCAAGUACAUUGAAUGUUUCAGUUCUUGACAAGUACAUUCAAUGUUUCAAUUCUUGCCAAGUACAUUGAAUGUUUCAGUUCUUGCCAAGUACAUUGAAUGUUUCAGUUCUUGACAAGUACAUUGAAUGUUUCAGUUCUUGCCAAGUACAUUGAAUGUUUCAGUUCUUGCCUAGUACAUUGAAUGUUUCAGUUCUUGCCAAGUACAUUGAAUGUUUCCGUUCUUGCCAAGUACAUUGAAUGUUUCCGUUCUUGCCAAGUACAUUGAAUGUUUCAGUUCUUGCCAAGUACAUUGAAUGUUUCAGUUCUUGCCAAGUACAUUGAAUGUUUCAGUUCUUGACAAAAACAUUGAAUGUUUCAAUUCUUGACAAGUACAUUGAAUGUUUCAGUUCUUGACAAGUACAUUGAAUGUUUCAGUUCUUGCCAAGUGCAUUGAAUGUUUCAGUUCUUGCCAAGUACAUUGAAUGUUUCAAUUCUUGCCAAGUACAUUGAAUGUUUCAGUUCUUGACAAGUAUAUUGAAUGUUUCAAUUCUUGCCAAGUACAUUGAAUGUUUCAAUUCUUGCCAAGUACAUUGAAUGUUUCAAUUCUUGCCAAGUACAUUGAAUGUUUCAGUUCUUGACAAGUACAUUGAAUGUUUCAAUUCUUGCCAAGUACAUUGAAUGUUUCAGUUCUUGCCAAGAACAUUGAUUGUUUCAGUUCUUGCCAAGUACAUUGAAUGUUUCAGUUCUUGCCAAGUACAUUGAAUGUUUCAGUUCUUGCCAAGUACAUUGAAUGUUUCCGUUCUUGCCAAGUACAUUGAAUGUUUCCGUUCUUGCCAAGUACAUUGAAUGUUUCAGUUCUUGCCAAGUACAUUGAAUGUUUCAGUUCUUGCCAAGUACAUUGAAUGUUUCAGUUCUUGCCAAGUACAUUGAAUGUUUCAGUUCUUGAUAAAUACAUUGAAUGUUUCAAUUCUAGACAAGUACAUUGAAUGUUUCAGUUCUUGACAAGUACAUUGAAUGUUUCAGUUCUUGACAAGUACAUUGAAUGUUUCAGUUCUUGCCAAGUACAUUGAAUGUUUCAAUUCUACCCAAGUACAUUGAAUGUUUCAGUUCUUGACAAGUACAUUGAAUGUUUCAAUUCUUGUCAAGUACAUUGAAUGUUUCAAUUCUUGCCAAGUACAUUGAAUGUUUCAGUUCUUGACAAGUACAUUGAAUGUUUCAAUUCUUGCCAAGUACAUUGAAUGUUUCUGUACUUGACAAGUACAUUGAAUGUUUUAAUUCUUGACAAGUACAUUGAAUGUUUCAAUUCUUGCCAAGUACAUUGAAUGUUUCAGUUCUUGCCAAGUACAUUGAAUGUUUCAAUUCUUGCCAAGUACAUUGAAUGUUUCAGUUCUUGACAAGUACAUUGAAUGUUUCAGUUCUUGCCAAGUACAUUGAAUCUUUCAAUUCUUGCCAAGUACAUUCAGUGUUUCAGUUCUUGCCAAGUACAUUGAAUGUUUCAGUUCUUGCCAAGUACAUUGAAUGUUUCAAUUCUUGCCAAGUACAUUGAAUGUUUCAGUUCUUGACAAGUACAUUGAAUGUUUCAUUUCUUGACAAGUACAUUGAAUGUUUCAAUUCUUGCCAAGUACAUUGAAUGUUUCAAUUCUUGCCAAGUACAUUGAAUGUUUCAGUUCUUGCCAAGUACAUUGAAUGUUUCAAUUCUUGACAAGUACAUUGAAUGUUUCAGUUUUUGACAAGUACAUUGAAUGUUUCAAUUCUUGCCAAGUACAUUGAAUGUUUCAGUUCUUGACAAGUACAUUGAACAUUUCAGUUCUUGCCAAGUACAUUGAAGAUGUUGUUACAUGAAUGACCAAACAUUGAUCUCAAGUGUGUACUGAAAACUCAAAGUAAAAAAUAUGCGCAUGAUUCAGAAAAAAAAACGAAUCCCUCCAAAAAGAAAAAAAAAUCCCAUGAUAUGAAAUGAACAUGUUUAAAUAAGUAAAAGUUCUUAAUUCACCAGUGAUUCAAUUUUAAAAGUACAUUAUUAUAAAUAUCUGCACAGAGUAGUCUGGAUUGGCCGAUUUAACAGUUUAUUUGUAAUUGACAUGUCUUUUUACCAGAUCAUGCCACUAAAGAAAACAAAGAUUUUGAUCAGAUCAUGCCACCAAAGAAAACAAAGACCGUAUCAGAUUAUGCCACUAUAGAAAACAAAGACUUUACUAGAUCAUUCCAGCAAAGAAAAAAAAGAUUUUAUCAAUAAUGCCAAUAUAAAAAACAAAGACUUUAUCAGAUAUGCCUCUAUAGAAAGCAAAGACUUUGCUAGAUCAUGCCAACAAAGAAAACAAAGAUUAGAUCAGUAAUGCCAGUAUAGAAAGCAAAGACUUUAUCAGAUUAAGCCACUAUGGAACACAAACUAUAUCAAUUUUUAGAUAUAAAAAAUCAUAUAAUAGGUUUUUAAACAAUGUUUCAACAACAAGAGCACAACAGAAAUAUAUAUUUUUUUAAACGAAUCCAUAAUUUGGUCAUUGAUUUGUUUUCCUAUUCUGAUUAAUUGGUGCAUCAAAACUCAAAUUUUACUGCAUUAUAAAUAUGUCUCCCACUGCCACAGUUAUAGAAAUACCGAAGCAUCAUUUUAAAAGUCUGUGUCUUGCAUCUCUAGAGAAAUAAACUGCAUGACCCCAAAAUCAAACUGUUAGGCUUUCUAAAUAAAAAAAAGGAUGUCCAAAUUGUAUAUCUAUACAAAAUUAGGAUGGGUGAGAUCAUUACCUGAAGUCACCACAAACUAUGUGCCCUUUCAUGACCGCUGAAGUGUUCAAUGCAGCAAAUCUUGGAUUGUAAAAUGGGUUAGCUUACAUGUGUCCAUCUUGGAUUGUAAAAUGGGUUAGCUUACAUGUGUCCAUCUUGGAUUGUAAAAUGGGUUAGCUUACAUGUGUCCAUCUUGGAUUGAUUGAAACUUCACACUCUAUGAAGGAAUCUGUUUAACCUUAGACACAUGGCAAUUUAUAUAAAAUUAAAGAGAAAACAAUGGGGUGUACUGUUUAACAAUCAUAAAAUAAAAAAAAUUGUUCUUUUAUUUGUGCAAGUUUUUAAACAUAUUUUAUUUACUUAUAGGAAAAGACUAGACCAGCAGAUUCUAAAGUCACUCCGAAUGUUAAUGAAAUAUUGACAUCAACAGAAGGCAAUGAUAACAAAAUGCUAACAAAAAUGGAUAAUGACAUCAAAGGAGCAAACAUUGAUCCAAGAAGAGAUUUGGACAAAAAUGCUGAGACAGGGAAAGCCAUGCCAAAGAAGGCAGAUAAAUCUAAACUUGAUGAAGAAAUGGAGAAAAAAGAACUGGCCAAUCAAAAUAAGGACACUCUAGAAAAGAAGAAAUUAGAAGCUCAAAGACAAAAGGAAAUGGCUCAAAAGAAACAAGAAGAGACUGAAAAAUUAAAGAUUUUGAAAGAGAGAGAAGCAGCAGAGAAACUUGCAGAAAUAGAAAUGCUAAAACAGAAAGAAACGGCUGAAAAAGAGAGAAUUGUUAAAGAGAGAGAAGCAGCGGAAAGAGAGAGAAUUAUAAGAGAGAGAGAAGCAGCUGAAAUAGAAAGAUUACUAAAGGAGAAACAAGCAGCUGAAAGAUUACUAAAGGAGAAAGAAGUAGCUGAAAGAUUACUAAAGGAGAAACAAAUAGCUGAAAGAUUACUAAAGGAGAAACAAAUAGCUGAAAGAUUACUAAAGGAGAAACAAGCAGCAGAAAACAUGCUAAAAGAAAGAAAAGCUUUAGAACAAGUUAAACACAAAGGUAAUUUGUGACUUUGCCUACAACUCCCUACAUGAUUCCUGCAUGCGCUAAAAAAAUAUAAUUCCUAAACUGAUGUAAAUAAAAUUGUACAAAAAUAUUUAUGGAAUUCAUAACCAUUUUAUCAAAACUUUUCAAAAAGGAUAAAACUUAUGCACACUUAUAAUGUAAACAUUCUAAAUGUUUUCUUUGGCACUUGCUAGAUGAAAAACUUUGAUAUUUGAUUUAUUUCUGUUCAUAAUUUUUUUUUUUUUUUAAUUUAGCAAUUGAGCAGCCUUCAUCUAAAAAUGUGCCAUCUAACAAUCUGCCACCUGGUUGGGAAAAGCGACUUGACCGUGCCACUAACAGAUACUUCUAUAUUGAUCACAACAGAGGUGCCACUCAGUGGUUUCCUCCACCGGUCAUCUCUAAACCCCCUGGUGAGGAUCCACAUACCCUUGUCAUGUUUCUUGAUGUAGGAUCUGUAUAAUAUUCCUCAACCUUAUUAGCAUUAUUUUUUUUUUUUACUUUGCAAUUGGUAUCACCCUUUGCAAGUAUCAAAAUGUUCAGGGCACAUACUUUGACUCAUCACAGGAACAGUCUCUGUUUCAGUCUUAGAGAGUAAUUGCAACAAAAAAAAUAAUACCAUUAAUUGGGGAGGGGAGGGGAGUUUCAAAGAAAAAUUUGAAGGCAGCAUUAACAAGCCAUCCUCUUUUCAUUAGUUAUUAAAAAAUCAUCUUCAAAAUAAUGAGAACCCAGUUUAUAAUGUUUUACAGACAUCAAAUUUCUUUGGUUGUUAUGGCGCUUAAGGGAUAACAUUUUAAAAUAAUACUGCAUCUCCUCAAGUAUAUCAAGUCUGAAGUUUACAAAAAUUAUAAUAAUCAUUCUAAUUCAUUUACCACUUUUGUAUUGAAUAUAAUUGUGUUGUCUAGAAAUUUAUAUAACUACACUGAAAGAGGAGCCGUCUCGUGGUGGAUUAAGUAGGUCCCACUCUUCUCCUAAUAUCAAGAAAGAUCUUGAGGAAGAAGAGAAGCCAACUUUUGAUCGCACCAGUAAACCAAUAAAAAAGUAAGUUCUAUUGACAGGAUCAUCUACUUAUUUAAAUGGACGGGAAUUGUGUAACCUUUCUUUAAGUAAAAUUUAAUAGCUAAAAAAUGGGGAAAGCUUUAACACUUAAUAGCUAAAGAAUGGAGAAAGCUUUAACACUUAAUAGCUAAAGAAUGGGGAAAGCUUUAACACUUAAUAGCUAAAGAAUGGGGAAAGCUUUAACACUUAAUAGCUAAAGAAUGGGGAAAGCUUUAACACUUAAUAGCUAAAGAAUGUGGAAAGCUUUAACACUUAAUAGCUAAAGAAUGGGAAAGCGUUAACACUUAAUAGCUAAAGAAUGUGGAAAGCUUUAACUCUUACUGGCUAAAGAAUGUGGGAAGCUGUCACUCUCAAUCAUAUAAUAUCACUGCCACAUCUUUCUCACCUUUAUGUGAUCCUGUAAUUUCUUCAGCUUUAAAAAAAUAAAUGAUUAUUUUAAGCAAAUGGCUUUCCUGACUUUCCUCAAAGCAGUGGUCAGCAAUGUCCAUUCCAGAACUGCUUGUGGCUCUUUGAAGGAAUGGACGUGGCCCUUUUGUUAUUUUUAUUAAAACAUAAAAAAUGUUUAAACAAGCUGGCCCUCCUGCAGUGUCCAAAAUAUUUUGUAUAUAUUUGUAUAAAUUUAUAAUUUUUAUUACAGCCCUUUGCUUAAUUUAGCUAUUCACUUCAACUUUUUUUUCUAAAAAAAAUUUUCAGGUGGUUGAAACAAUUAAUAAGUUACACUUUUAAAAGCAAAAAUCUCCCACGCAUUUUCACUUACCUAACAAUAGUAUCGCUGUUUAAUAGAGAUUACACGUUUUGAAUUUUAAAAAUUAAUUUCAGUGUUAUCAUGCCAAUGCCGAGACAGACAGCAUACUCAGUGCGAAAAAGAGAUCUGAACCCAGUUUAUGGUGAUGUGGUAUGUUUCAGUAAAUUUUCAUGUUAAAUUUAAUACUAUCAUGGACAUUUUUAUUUUUAUAUCGUCUCAAUUUUUCUUUCAUUUUUAUAAAUGUACAUUUUUUCAUUGAACCGAAAAGAAUCUUUUAUAAAUAUUUAAUUUAACCCACAUUCUUAAAUUUUAUAAUAAAACUUGUUGCGGAAAAGCAAUUAAAGAAGACUAAAGAAAUAUCUGGACACCAACAAAUGUCUUCAAAAGUGGAUAUAAAAUUUUUAUGAAAAAUCAAAAUAAUAUUAUUUCCAUGUACUUUCAUUUUUAGUGUUAGUUUGUUAACAUUUACAAUUAGACCAUCUUUAGAAGUUUACUACACAAAAAAAAUGGUUAUAAAGUGGAGUCAAAGCUUGUAAGUAGUGGUAUAAAUAAGAACAAAACUAUACCAGUAAUUACUUCUUGAAAGUUCAUGGUUUCUGUUUUAGGGUCCCGCUCUUACAGGCCUCAGGAAUCUGGGUAACACCUGCUACAUGAACUCAACGAUCCAAUGUUUGAAUAACACAUCCCCACUCAUUACCUACUUCCUGAAUGACAAUUAUCUGUAUGACAUCAACAGGUAAAGUGAUGUUCACAAUAUGACAACACUCAUGUGUUACGUGGAAACAAUUAUUUGGUCUGCUAUAAAAUGUUCUCAGAUAAAAUGUUGAAAAAGUAAGAUCUGUAAUUAUAUAUUUUAAUGUUGGGGAAAUAGAGUCAGGGUAAAAGUGCUUUUAAGUGGUUCUGGGUGGCGGAGCGGUCUAAACUGAGUCAAUCCCAAGCAAGCUUGUGGAGUUCAAAUGCCUGCAAAAACCCAGACAAACAAAAACACUGCCAGCAACCUCGGUGGAUGGGGCUUGUUAAUCUUGGUUGGCAACUCAUUUAAGAGAAGAAAAACUCUGAAUUCAAACCCGGAGAUGGAAUCUUGUAGGUGGUAUGACAUUAACACAAUGAAAAUUCCGGCAACUCCUGUGACACUACUGGUGCCAAGCUGUUCCCUUGGGUUAUCCAAAUGCAUGGAGAGGGGUGGUGGGAUGCUUAGGGAACCAGCUUAUCCUCUUAAAGAAAAAAUCCCAGGCUUGUGAUUUCAUCCUGCGAAGUCUACACCAUUUUCAGUUUGAUGGACGGAUGCCUGAAAGUGUAUGACAUUUAAAAGUAUUGUUGUUGAAAUGAAAAAUUUGGAAUUUUCAAUUUUAUGUCAAGAUUAUUUAAAGAGCUAUGGUAUUAUAGUAAUCAAAGCCAAAUCCUAGCGCUUGUUUUAGCUAUCUGGACCUGACCAUUUUUUACUUCUGUGAUUAAAAUAUCUACUACCAUCCAAUGUUUGGUUUGCUUAGGAUUCCUAUAUGCAUCAUCACAGUUAUUAUUUAUACGCUAACAAGUGGCUUACUUGGGUUUCUUAUAUUCAUCAUGACAGUUAUUAUUUAUACACUAACAAGCUGCUUACAUUAUGUGCCUUAACCAGACAAUUAAACAUAAUGAUUUUUGUUUCAUUUGUUGCUUUUAUUUUUAGUGGGGGGGGUUUUUAUGUUGUUGUUUUUUUUUUGUGUUCAGAGAGAGUUCCCAGGGCAUGCAAGGAGAAGUCGUUGAUGAAUUUGCUGUGGUUGUUAAAGCAUUAUGGUCACAGCAAUUCCGGUCUAUAACCCCCAGGGACUUAAAGGUACAGCAUUUUUUUUUAACUUAUUUUUAAAUACUUGUAGUUGGUCAACUAAUUAUAAGAGUGUUGGACUGCGAUAAAGCUUUAAAAUAGAUUAAUAGACACAAACAAUUCGUAUCAAUAAAACAAUAUAUAUGUUCAGCUUUAAUAAUAAUUUUACAUAAUACACAAAUAAACGAUUCGGCGAAUGCCUUCAUCUGUAUAAAAACUAAAAAUUUGAAAAAGUAUACAUUAAAUUUGCAUAAUAUAAAUAUAUAUACACAUGUAUUCUAACUACCAAAUGGAAAAGAAUAGGAGUGGACGCAAAACCCAGACAAAAAACAAAGUAAAGAAGAACGGAAAGGAAGUGAUUUGAAAUAAAAUGUAAAAACCAAACAGGAAAAUGAGAUUGCAGCUACGUUAAAUUGAGGAUUUGGUUUAUACCGUAUGGAGUCAACGUGCCAAAUCUUGUUAUUAAUUUAUUUUCCAUAUAAAUCCUAUCUUGUGUAUACAGUAUACCAGUAACUGCGAUGUCUCAAAUUGCUCAGCCUGUAAAAGUUUGUAUCUUGUAAUUGUUUGGAGACAAGUCGUCGCCUUGGAGACCGUUUUAGAGAACACCUCUAAAACAUAAACAAGCCCUUUGUCCGGUCUCCUAACAUUCCAAUAGUGCUAUUCUUGAUAUCAUUUACCAGACCCCUCAAUGGUAAUCCCAGCACCCACUUUAAUCUGUUGGGGGGCUAUUAGUACACCUGAAACCAUCAAGUAUGAGAAUCACUGAAUUAACACAACACAGCCUCUCUCUUGUUUAAUUAUUGAUAGUUAUCCCACUGUACAUCUCUAGGGGUAAAUUCAUGUUUAACAUUAUUAUUCAUUGUUCAAGUCACCUUAUGCAGAAAGGUGACCUUCUCCAAACAAGCUAAGAUGUUUGUCUCUUUGCAAUGUUUUACAGAACACAGUAGCCAAGUACAACCCCAUGUUUGCUGGCUGUCAACAACAAGAUUCCCAAGAAUUUCUAACUUUUUUACUGGAUGGUCUGCACGAAGGUUUAAAUGAGGUGAUUUCAAAGCUGAGUUACAAAAUCAUCUUAGUUUCUGUGUAACUCUUGUGUUAACAGAAUUUCAGGAAAAUUUUUUAUAUGGAAUUAUGAAAACAAGCUGCACAUAAACAAUAUAAGCAUUUUUAAUCAUUAUAAUGUUUCUUUAGUGGACUUGGUAAAACAUAAGUAUUUUUUGUCCUUUAUUGAUUGCAUAACCAUUUGAAUACCUGAUGAUUGCGCCUUACCCAGGUGAAGAAAGCCCCAGAGAUCCCAGAACAAAACAAUGACCAACUGAGUGAUACUGAGGCUGCAAGCAGGGCCUGGAAACACCACAAACUGCUGCACAGAUCGAUCAUAGUGGAGCUUUUCCAGGUUGUGGUUCAUGUCAAAUCUUUUGUUUACCCUUUGUUUAAAUAUUUAGCUUGAGUCACUCAAAAAAAUCUGAUGAAAAUAAUGUAUUUUUAAUAACAGUUUCAUUGUCUUGAGGAAUGAAGGAAUUCAUUUUAAUUGAAAUAUCCAGGCUUAAAUUUCUACCUAUCUUCAUGUGCUACAUAAUAUUAACUUGAAGGUAUUUUGUACAUUAACUGAUUAAGGCUUUCAAAUGAAUAAUUUAUUUUGCACUUUGACUUAUUUUAAUACUUGUUUUAUAAACAUAUUUGUUCCCCUUUUAGUGAGCUUAAUUAAGUUUUGGGGAUGGUGGACUCCGGUUCAAAUGACAAAUCUAACAUUUAUGACAUUUAAUAAACCCCUGCUUGAUGUCUUGUACAGAAGCUAGAAGAUCCCAAAGAUUAUUAAAAUAUUUGGAUAGCUGCAGACAGCUUUUUGCAUGGUUUUUAUAGCUUCAUAGAGUCAAGCAUCUGUUUAGAUCUUUGAUUCCUACCAUAAUUUGAUUUGAGUCAUUUAAUUCAAACUUUCAGUAAAUACAAAUAAAUAUAUUAAACAGCAGAGACUGGUAGUUUAAUCAAUGACUGACUCAAUUAUUCCCCCCCCCCCCCCAACUCAGCCCCUCCAAAUGUCAUGCCCAUGACAUGAGCAAGAAAUUUGUAUCAAUCCAAGCUGACAUUUAUUUGGCUUGUUUUGUGAGUGACUUUUCAGUUUAUAUAGUGAACUUUAUUUGACCCAAAAAAUUUUCAAUUUGUAUCACUGCAGGGACAGCUCAAGUCUUCAUUAAUGUGCGGAACCUGUGGGAAGACCUCUGUGACUUUCCAAGCCUUUAUGUUUUUGUCUCUCCCUAUACCAUCUCAAACUAAAUGUUCACUUAAGGUAUGUUCAGUUAAGUUUUAAUCAACUUUGAUAUCGUCUUCAGAUGUGAUAUUUUAAGACAUCUUGAUUUGUAGAAUAUUUUUUUUUAGAAUAAAAUUUAAUAUUUGAAACGUUUUGAUUUUUUUGUUUUUUUUUGUUUCAGGAUUGCAUAAACAAGUUUUUAUUGCCAGAAAUGAUGACUGGGAGCAGUAAGUGGAAAUGUCCCUGCUGCAAAGUUGAAAGAGACUCCAGGAAACAAAUUGAUCUAUGGAAACUACCACCUAUCCUCUUGGUGGGGCUUAACAGGUUUGUCAGGUUUUUUUGCUUAAGUUCUGUUCCAGCUUUCUAAUGGUAUGAUGAAAUGGUCUGUCACUAAGAGAGACAGUGAGCAUCUCACUUAUUUGAUUUCUCUAUAAAACAUGACUACAAACUAAUAUUUUUGCCAGCUUCUGAUUUGUGCUAUUCUAUAUUUAACUGUUUCUCACUUAAUACAAAUGAUUUGGGCAAUGAUUUACAAGAUAAAUUCUGUCAAUUUUUCUGUGAAUUAUAUUUUAAAUUUUCACUUGAGUUACUGACUGAAAAAUUAAUUAAUCAUGAUCAUCAGGUUCUAUGCUGAAGGAAUGUGGAUGCAGAAAAAAACAACAUAUGUUGAUUUCCCUCUGGUUGACCUGGACUUUUCAGAAUUCAUCAUUGGCCCAAAACCUCGCAAUCGCUACAGUCUGUUUGGAAUAUCAGUAUGUAUUAUAAGCUGCUUAUUUAAAUUUAACCCCUCAAUAACCACAAGUUUUCAACAUUGAUUUCAAUUUAAGUUUGUUCUGAUUUUCUUAUGCUAAUUGAGGAUAUGUUUUUAGAUUGCUUGUAUCUCUUACAUUUUUUAAAAAUAACCUUCUCAAUGUAUGACUAAUAAAUUUCAUCAUUAAAUUAAGUUUUUAGCUUAUGCUAUUCAACAUCAACAAAGUUUAAGUUCACAGGGUCGGUGUGUGAAGAUCUAUUGCAAAAUAUUGUUUUUUUAACGUACAUUUAAAACAAACAAAUUUUUGGUGACAUUAUCGUUUGAGCUGGGACUUACUUUUACUUUUAGCAUCCCAAAUAAGCUUUAUUUGUCAAUAUUCCCAUUUUGGAAAACUGGUCAUGUCAAUCAACAGACCACUGGUCAUGUCAAUCAACUGACCACUGUUCAUGCCCAUCAACCCUGAAUCCAUGUACAAAUGCUCAAACAACAAACUUUCAAUUCAAGUUCAGCAAGGCCUGGCAUGCUACUUGUUAAUAAAUACAAAGUGUGCUAUUACAUAUAACAAUUGAACGAAAGGUCACAAUUUCAAGCUUACAAGAUCCAAUAGACUAAAAAGUUUGCAAUGAAUAUUUAAUUCAUGUCAGGAUAUUUCUAUUCAAACAUGUCAAAGUAGUUUUUACAAGGAUCCUGUCAUUUUGUGAAAUGCCUAAAAAGUUUGCAAUGAAUAUUUAAUUCAUGUCAGGAUAUUUCUAUUCAAACAUGUCAAAGUAGUUUUAGAAAAUUUACUUCUCUGAAACAAAAAUUGUAAUUUCAAAUAAAACAGCUCUCAAAAUAUAAACAAAACCUUUCACUAUUUUUUAUGUACUAUUUUUCUUCAGAAUCAUUAUGGUACUAUGGAAGGGGGUCACUGUAAGUAUACUUUUCAUGAAGUAAUUUUAUCAUGCAAGUCAAACUAAUCAAACUUAAAAAUUUAGCUUUUAUUUUACCCCUAAAAUAAACAAAAGCCUGUCUUAGUAAACCAAUAUUACUAAAAAUCUGAUAGGCUUUUUUAUAUUCUUUACAGAUACAGCUUUUUGUAGGAAUCCAGUCAAUAAAAAGUGGUAUAAAUUUGAUGAUCAGGAUGUUUAUGAACUGUCUAAUUCUGAUGUUAAGGUAAAUAUUAUUUAUUUUCAUGUUACCUUUUUAAAGAAGAAGAGACUAAAAUUCACUAAUAUUGGUAAAACUUCUAUACCUUAAUGACAGAAUAUUACCUCACCACUUAAAACAUAAUUUUGCAAUACAUUAUUUCCUACAAUUUAUAUUUCUUUCUCUGUGUAAAAUGGUGCCAAUGCUCAUUUCCUAUACACAUUUAAGCUAAUAAGUCAUAGUUUUUUAGCAUUCUUUUCCUCUUUUCUCUACUGUAAUAGUAGAAAUAGCUUGGCAUAAUCAGUUUUAGUAAGUAAUGAAAGCCGGUCUGUAGGUUGGAAACAAAUAUUUUAACAACUUAAAGCUAAUAAAGUAGACCUAAUGAAAGAAAUUUGACAAAAGCGCCUGUUUAUUUGCAAUCAUUGCAAUCAUGGGGAAGAUAGACUACUAAUUUUUUAUGAAAAAUGUGCCCGUAAAUCAUUUGAAAUGAUAUUUUUCAACUCAAAAAUGAAACUUAUGAUUCUUAAUAUAUUCUGAUUUGGCUGUGAAUAUGUUUUAAUAACACAGGAUAGGGUGUGGCGCAGGCUAUGUCAUUGAUUGUUGGACCUAAUCCAGCUGAAGAGCAAUUUACAAACUGUUAACAGUCAAUCAUAAAAUAUGACUUUUAAAAAUUACAAGGAUCCUGUCAUUUUGUGAAAUGAUCAAUGUUGGAAUACAUUUUAUUUGAAUGAAACACCUAUGACAACAAAAAGAAUUGUAAAUACCCGGUAUAAAAUAUCAAUGAAAACAUGUUCAGAAUGUCUUAAAAUUUAUAAGCUCUCUCUAAAAUACAUCUUUGCCUAUUGAAAUAUAAAAUAGUAAACAACAAAAAUUUAAAAAAUUAGAUCUCUCAUUAUUACACAAGAAUUGGGAUUUUGCUUUAAAUCUAAGAAUAAAAAUAAAGUGGUUUUAACUGUUGGUAGCAAUAAAGUGAAAAAAUAAUUUAAUCUUUUUCAGAGUCCUGCUGCAUUUGUGCUGUAUUAUUCAUCCAUAGAUAUGCCAGCUCCUGUCUAUAAGCCUCACUUGUAGUUUUUGCAUACAAUUUAAUGCAAAAUGAAAGAAGAAAAAAAAAGUAAGUCUCUAAAAAAAAAAAAAAAUCAGUAUCUUGAAAAACAAUCAGUGCAAACUGGAGUGUAAGAGAAUUACCUGACUUUUUCCUUGGCCAAUUUCAUUUCUCUUCAAUUUAUGUUUUUUAUUUGAUUUAUUUAUUAAUGGCCUUAAAAUGAGUGGGCCUACAUUUAUUUGUACUGUUAACUUUAAAUUUUGAUUCACAUUUCCCUUUUGUUGAAGCUCAUCAGAUUCUGAAUUCAAAUACGUGGAGAUUUUUGCUUGUCACUAGCACUACACAUAAAAAACAUCCAAUGUAUUUAGAAACAUUUUUAUUACCAAAUUAGAACAUAUUAAAAACAUGUUUAAUGUUACUAUAAUAUCCUGAGUAAUAUUUAUCAUAAUCUAUAUUUGGUGAAACAUUUAUCUUACAGUGAAAGAGAUUUAUUGGUUUUCACAUCAAAGAUGUACCUAUAACUAAUAGAUGUCCUUCAGUGUGCUCCUGUCUUAACAUCUCUAAUACAUUACUCCAUAAUUUUAAGUAUUCCUUAUUUUUAAUUGAAAUAAAUCACAUCACAUUUUUUUUUAAAAUGUGUAUGUUUUUAAAUGUGUAUGUUAUACUUGAAAUGUAAAUUUAUAUCACGAUUUUAAAAAAUUCUCCUAUUUCUAUAAACUAACUAAGGUUGAAGGGAGUGAAGCCCAUGAAGAAUCUUCUUGCUUCAUGUUGGGUACAGUUAUAUACCCUUAUAGGGACAUUUUGACAGAUGUGGUUGUUUACAAGAUGAUAAGAGUCAUAGAACUUUAACUAUUGCUGUCCAAACCGCACACAACACACCAAACCAAAUACAUUUCUCAGCUGUGCUAGUCAACUAACCAGCUGGCAUGUUGUUUACUCAAGAACUAUGAAUCCAUUUUAUUAGAUGAACCUUUUCAAUUUAACAUUUUACUUAAAUUACUGAACUUUACUUUUAUUUAAAAAAUGUAUAUUUCUUAAAACUUGAAUAGGCAUAAAGGCUUCGAGUGUUUAACUAAUUUAAAAAAUGUCACUUUAUGGGCUAUAAAAUCUUAGAAUAAUUACAAUUUUGACACAAUUUUUUUUUUUAAAUAAAUAGUCUACUAAUUUGUAGUGGUCAAUGGCUCUAAAUAUAUACUUAAAACCAGGCCUGCACAACUCAAAAUGUAAAGCAGGUCAUAAUACUUUAUAAAAACUUGUGCAGGCCAAAGGAAAAUAGGACAGGGGUUAAAACUAUUAAAAAAUAAUAAUAAAAAAUAAUAUUUUGUUACUUCGCGGGCCGCAAAGUGGGUACUGUGGGGCCGCAUGUGAGCCAUAUGUUGUGCAAGCCUGCUUAAAACCAUUUAAAGUUGUCAUAAGGCUAGGCAUGGAUGGCGCAACCUUUAAGAUAUUCCUUACUUUCCAUUUAUCAGAAAUGGUUAAUUUCUUGCCUGGCAAUGUGCUCAUGAAGAAAUAUUGAGAUGUCUUUUUGAGUUAACCACCAACUUCUACAGUGGAAGUGAAGACUUGACCAAAAUGCUAAGCUCCUAAUAACUUGGUUAUUUGUUUGUUUUAAACAGCUUGUAAAGAAGCUUCACCCUCAUGGUUAGGCUACUGUUGUAAGUAAGUUUUGAUUAACUGCGCAAACGUUUUAAUGUACAUUAAAAUUCCAUGAAAUUUAUUUGCAUAAAAUAAUUAAAUGGUGAUUUGUAAGCUGUACCCAGUACCGAUACUUGGAACAGCUGUUUUAUUAUUAGUUGCUACUGACUGUGAUUAAAUGGUAUUGACAGCUCUGUUACUGAGAUGUAGGCCUACCUACAUAUUGUGUGUUUGUCAUAUGUGUUAGAUUUUUUUUUUUGCGAGCCAUGAUUUUGUUUUUCUUCUUUAUAAAUAUUAUUAUAAAAAGAAGAAGAAGAAAAAGCAGAACUAGUCACAGAGAAUGUGUCAACUUGUUAAACUGGAAACUACAAACAAUCAGUAAAUCACUGUCAUGCUCCCAUGUUUGUUAUUAUUAAAAUGUAUUAUUUGAUGCAAAAGUGCGGCUGUGUUAAUCAACAAUACUACUAUAUUUCUGUUUUCCUGUAUAAAACAAAUGGUUACUGGUGUGAAAUAUUUUAUAAUCCAGACAUGUACCAAUAUACGAUAGAUUUAAAUAUUAUAAAGAUGCCAAUAAUUGUUUUAUUUGAUUUUUUUAAUAUUAUAAUGAAUCUAUGACUAUGAACCAUAGGUACCAUAAGGUACUGAUGUAAAAGAUUUUGGUCAUACAUGUUGUAAAUGUUUGCUUCUCAGUCUACUUUCAAAUAUUUUAAUUAAAUUUCUGUACUCCAAUAUGAAAGAUAUUUGUCAAUUGAGUUACAGUUAAGGUAAAAAAAAAAGAAUGUUCCAGACUACCACAGACUUUUAUUUAUGUACAAUAUGCAGUAGUUUAUGUUAUACUUAUUGCUCAGUCAGCCUUAGUGUGAUAAAAACAUCAAACCAAAAUAGUAAAUCAGCAGAUUCUACUUCCAGUAGUUCUGAAUAGACCCACGUGACUUCUUGCAUGUGUUACGAACCAUUAUGUGGUUUUGCAAAUUUUAAAAAAAUCAAAUAUACAAAAAUAAAAACUACAUUAAUAUUAACUUACAGCACAGCAGGGGAAAAAGUAUAAUCCUUGAAAGAUACACAUUUUAAUAUACACACACAAAUAGAGUAAAAUCCUGUAAGGGUUCUAUUUAGUCUGGUAAGUCUCGUGUCUAGCAAAUCUCUUCCGGCUGGAAAAGCUGCCAGCUUAUUUAUAGGAAGGGGAGUUAGAACUCUACGGAAAAGAAAUUUUAGAAAUUGCUUCACUCGAUAGCGUAUUUUAGAACAAAUUAGAAUAUAAACAGCCUUUUCCCAUUCAAGGGAGUGGUGGAUAAUGGUAGAGUGCUACACAUUUAAUUUGUGACAUCAAUAU